GUCACUGUGAACGACAUGCAGUACGGACCCUUCGCUAACGGCACGGCGUGUGAUGCAGAUGACGGUGCUGUAUGCAUUAAGAACUACGGGGCGACGCUUAUUUCUGUGUGGUCGCUUGCCCGUGCGCUGGACCCCGCCGUGCCCGUGCUGUUCCCCGCCGUGACCCCGUCGAUGCGGUACACGGAGCCCGGUAGCUGGCUGACGACGGCGCAGCUGAUCGGCAUCAUCGUCGGCGUGGUGCUUCUGGUCACCAUCAUUGUGGCUGUUGUGGCUGUGGUGGUGCACUUACGCCGCGACUCGCGUAACAACGCGAAUGCGCCGAAGGAGCCGACAGACCCCGUGACGCUCGUGUUCACCGACAUCGAGAGCAGCACGGCGCUGUGGGCCGCACUUCCCGAGGCGAUGUCCGACGCUGUGGCGACGCACCACCGGCUGAUCCGCGCGCUUGUCGCGAAGUACCGCUGCUACGAGGUGAAGACGGUUGGCGACUCGUUCAUGAUAGCGUGCAAGAGUGCGUUUGCCGCCGUGCAGCUUGUGCGUGAGCUGCAGCAGGUGUUUCUGCAGCACGCGUGGGGGACGAGUGUGCUCGACGACGAGUACCUAAAGUUCGAGGAGAGCCGGGCGGAGGAGGGGGCGGAGGGGUACGUGCCGCCGACAGCGCGCCUGGACGCCGCUGUGUACCGGCAGUACUGGAACGGUCUGCGGGUGCGUGUGGGGGUGCACACCGGGCUGUGUGACAUCCGGCGCGACGAGGUGACGAAGGGGUACGACUACUACGGCGACACGGCGAACAUGGCGGCGCGCACGGAGAGCGUGGGGAACGGCGGGCAGGUGCUGCUGACGCGUGCGGCGUACAUGGCUCUGAGCACGGCAGAGCGGGAGGAGGUGGAUGUGACUGCGCUGGGCGCGGUGGCGCUGCGCGGGGUGCCGCGGCCCGUGGAUAUGUACCAGCUGGACGCCGUGCCCGGGCGCACCUUUGCGGCGCUGCGGCUGGACCGAGAGGCGGCGGAGUUUGACGGCAAUUGCGAUGCUACGUCAGGCAGUGACGAGGCCUCUGCGUCCACCGCAAUGAGCGGCGUCUCGCACACCAUCAUGACUGUGUUGGCUUUGCUGUUUGGCACCUUUUUGGCCCCGCUGCGGCUGAAGAUGCUGCGUCCUCUGUGCGAGCGGUGGAGGGUCAGUGUGCCGCGCGAAGUCGGGGCGACGCAUGAGGAGGAGGCGUGCCGCGUGGCGAUGGAGCUUCUGGCGUCUAAGAUGGGUCGAGUGAUGGAGAAAAGUGUCCGUAGACUUUCAGCUGGGUGCGAUCUGCAUACAGAAGGCAAGCGGUUUAUGUCUGUCUUUCAGAGUAGCGAUUUGCCGCACUUAUUCAACACCGCUGUUGAGAAGGAGGGCCGCUCGUGGGGCGUCCGUCGCACAGCGGUUUGUGGCGAGCGUCUUUAUCCCAGACGAAGGAGGAGUACUCGGAGAUGGAGGACUCGGAUGCCAUCAUCCACGUUUCUAGGCACGUGUAGCCGCGGUGUGCGGUGCGGCGUGCUGCUGCUGCGUGUGUGGGCCGGCCCUCGUGCCUCCCGCCUUUUAAAUAAAUUAAUUUGA